AUGUCGAAACCCAAGAACAUGGAAAACAUCAAAUUCUCGAUUCCAAGACCAAUCACACCCGUGAUCAAACCUCCUAUGUAUCGCUCAAUUUUUUCUAAUUCAGUGAAGACGAUGUAUAAGACAAACAGAGACUGUCACCGGACUAUGGGCUACGCCGAGGUUCCGCUCAAAUCACCAACACAAUUUUUGAAGAAGAACACCAGAAAAGUGACGAGGCCAUUUGUCGAAAAAACUAAUUAUGUGUGCCCUAUGAAAUCGGCACCCCAACUUCACGGUACCGGUGCAACUAAAAAGCCGUGGAAGAGUUUACGGGAUGAAGUCCCAAAAAACUUUAUUCAGAUGAAUAUUAUCGACGUGGUGAGAAAGGUGCCGCCGUUGCCGAAGCACCGGGUUCAAGAUACGAGAAACGGUCACGUAAUCGUUUUGAACGAAGCCGGUUUGGAACCCAAAUAUGUACUAAAUAAAUCUAACCAUAGCGCUUUGGACAAUAUAAACUUUUUAAUGCAGCCUUUAACGUUUGACAUAGAAUUAACAGAACAUGCUGCAAAUAUCGUCAAAGAUGAUAAUUACGGCAAAAUGCCCAAAUACAUCAUUAAAAUGCAUGAUGAUAUGAAAACGGCGAAACGGUUAGAAAUCGAGAAAAUCAACGCAAGCAAGCCAUUGUCGCCGUUGCGUCUCGUGACACCUCAAGAACGAUCAGAAUUGAUAAACGCACAAGAAAUAAAAAUGAAUAAAUUGAACACGGAAUUUCUGUUGUUACCGGUAGUUACUGACACGAUAGCCAAGGUCAGAAGAAAGACCCAUUUAGAGAGAACCCUUAAAGACAUGGAAGAUAGAAUCGACCUUUUAAAUCGGAAAAAGGUCAUUUACGUAAGGCAAGAUGCAUAG